AUGCCACCAAAAGAGAAUGAUGAGAUAAAUAGGAAGGUGCAAGAGUUGCUUGUUAAGGUUUUGAUUAUAGAAAGUUUGAGUCUGUGCGCAAUUAUAGUGGUGUUGGCACCAACGAAGGGUGGAGAUUGCAUAAAUAAACGAGGUAAAUUGAGUGAAAACAUCAGGCCCCUCUGGAAGGAAUACAUUGGGCAUUCCAAGGGCGUUAUUUUUGUUGUAGACAGUGAUGAUAGGGAGCGUAUUAGUGAGGCAAAAGAUGUGUUGCACAAUUUUCUGAAAGAGAAAGAGUUUAGAGAUGCUGCUGUUGCUGUGUUUGCAAAUAAGAAUGAUUUUCCCAAUGCAAUGAGUGUUUUAGAGAUCACAGAGGAGCUUGAAAUGUCUUCUUUAACUCAACGCCAUUGGCAUGUUCAGAGCUCCUGUGCUACUUCUGGUGAUGGUCUCUAUGAAGGCUUGGAUUGGCUUUCUAAUAAUGUGUAG